AGAACACAAAUAGACUAACUCAUGGGGUUCAGCCACUACAGAAACAUGCCAUGUUAUGUGUUCAUGUUGUCUUGUUUCUUUAUGUAUUCUGCAGCCAUCCACACCAUAAGAACUAAUGAGUCUCUCAGGGAUUCAGAAGUUUUGAUUUCCGAUGGAAAUAUAUUCAAGUUGAGUUUUUUCAGCCCACCAAAUAGCAGUCGCCGUUACCUCGGUGUCAUGUACAAUCUCCCGGUGAUGACUGUAGUAUGGGUAGCUAAUAGAAAUAAACCUCUGAAUGAUUCAUCUGGAACAUUUCAGAUAUCAUCAGAUGGCAACCUUGUGAUCUUGGAUGGUCGAAAGGAGAUUGUGUGGUCGACUAAUCUUUUAACUUCAGUUGUGAAUACACGUGCUGUGCUCUUGGACACAGGGAAUCUGGUCCUGCGAGAUGACUCCAAUAAUGUGAGUGUUUGGGAGAGCUUUCAGCGUGCUUCCGAUUCUUGGUUAGAGAAGAUGAAGAUUGCUACAGAUUUGAGUAGAAAGGAGAAGAAUUUACUGACAUCAUGGACAAGUCCUGAUGAUCCAGCACCUGGAAGAUUCACCUUCACCAUUGAGCCUUUAGACGUUCCUCAGUCGUUUAUUUGGAAGGAUGGAAAUCCUUACUGGCGCACUGGUCCCUGGAAUGGUCAGAUAUUUACUGGGCUUCCAUACAUGAGCUCUGCCUAUGGUUAUGGGGUCAAGGUUGUCACUGAUUCUCCGGAAACUGCAAAUCUAAUACUUACCCUUACAAAUUCAUCUGUUUUGGUACACAUUUUCUUGAACUCUUCAGGGAGUCUAGAGCAGAAGGUGUGGUCUGAUGAGAAGAAAGGGUGGGACGUAACAUGGUCGUCAACAAGUAUUGAGUGUGAAACGUAUGGUAAGUGUGGACCUUUCGGAAGCUGUGAUGCUCAAGACAGGCCCAUAUGUUCCUGUUUUCGGGGCUUCAUGCCAAGAAGCAAAGAUGAGUGGGCUGCAGGAAACUGGACAAGAGGCUGCACCAGGAAAACGCACCUCCAAUGUGAACAGAACAAUUCCGUUGGCAAACAAGAUGAGUUUCUAAAGCUGGAGGGAGUAAAGUUGCCGGAUCACUUCAAAUUGUUUCUCUUUUCUGAAGGAGAAUGCAGAGAGGCAUGCUUGAGUUAUUGUUCUUGUAUAGCUUAUGCAGUUCCUAUUGGAAUUGGAUGUCUGCACUGGACUCAAAAUUUGACUGAUACUCAGAAGUUUACUUAUGGUGGUGAUGACUUGUACAUUCGAUUGGCACAUUCAGAACUAGCAGAUAAGAAGCAAGACCACAUAACAAUUAUUACGGCAACAGUGGUUCUGGGGUUUGUACUUGUUGCCAAAUGUGCAUACUUUUUGCUGGAAUAUUUGUCCAAUUUCAGAGGACAUUCUGAUGAAAACACACUCAAACAUGAUAAGUAUGGUGUUAAACUUGAGGACUUACCUACAUUUAGAUUUUUGAUGCUCUCAAAUGCAACACAAAAUUUUGAUCCCGCGAAUAAGCUUGGACAGGGUGGAUUUGGUUCUGUCUACAAAGGGAAAUUUCCAAAUAGAGUAGAAAUUGCUGUAAAAAGGCUAGCAAGAUCCUCUAACCAAGGGGUGGAGGAGUUCAUGAAUGAGGUUGAGGUCAUUUCAAGGCUUCAGCACCGCAAUCUUGUCAGACUUCUUGGUUGCUGUGUGGAGUCUGAAGAAAAAUUGCUUGUUUAUGAAUAUAUGCCCAAUGGAAGCUUGGACGCCUAUCUCUUCGGUUCACAUAAACAUGACUUUCUUGAUUGGCAAAGACGCAAACUAAUUAUUGAGGGGAUUUGUCGAGGCCUGCUUUACCUGCAUCGCGAUUCAAGGUUAAAGAUUAUUCACAGAGAUCUCAAGGCAAGUAAUAUCUUGUUAGAUGAGGUGUUUAAUCCUAAAAUCUCCGACUUCGGUAUGGCAAGGAUUUUUGGUGGCAAGGAUGAUGAAGCUAAUACAACAAGGGUUGUUGGGACAUUUGGAUAUAUGUCCCCGGAAUAUGCACUCCGUGGUAUAUUCUCUGAAAAAUCUGAUGUCUAUAGCUUUGGCGUUCUAUUAUUAGAAAUUGUGAGUGGAAAGAAGAAUUCCAGUUUUUAUGAUGAAGAUCAAAAGCUCUUCCUUACAGCUUAUGCAUGGAAACUGUGGAAUGAAGGAAAGAUAGUAAAUUUGAUGGAUCCAGAAAUAUGUGAUAGUGGAGUAGAAGAUGAUGUAGUGAGAUAUGCAAAUGUAGGUCUGCUGUGUGUACAAGAAAUGGCAGCAGAUAGGCCUAACGCGUCUACAGUUCUGUCGAUGCUUAGCUUUGAGAUCGUAGAGCUUCCUCACCUGAAGCAACCAGCAUUUCUUGGAAUGCAGAGCUCUCGAGCUACAGAGUCCGCUACAAGUAAAUGUUCCACCAACGAUGUCACUAUUUCUAUAUUAGGAGGAAGGUAGCCUUGACUGAGUGAGACCUCUUUUUCGUGUUAAUAGCUAUGAAAGAGCUGAUUAUGUAUGUUUAGUUGAUAUAAUUGUUUUCUGGUGUUGAGUCAGGUUUAGUAGUUGUGGUAUGGAGAGAGAACCAGAGAAUCUAGAAUUAGUACAGCUGUGUUCUUGUUUGCUUGAACCUAGCUAGCUUUUUUUUUUUUUUGGUAUUGUUGUCUAAAUUAUUUGAGUUUUUCUGGAAAAAUAAACAUUUGACAGCACAAGUAAUAUUAACAGAAUCCGAUUUCGGUGGCCCA